AGGAAGUACCUCCAGUUCUUUAUUGUUUUUGUAAUCUGACAAGGCUUUAGGUUAGCCACAAGAAAUUUGUCAUGAAAGUUAAAGACAAGUUUGGGGAAGACGGAAAUUCAAGUGAUAUGAACUCUUUCAGUGUUUCAGAAAAGAUUGGGUUUGCCUCACCUGCUAUCACAACCUUUCAGAUAAGUGAGCCUCGGAGCCAGAAAAAGGCGUCCACAUGCUGUGUUGGGACAGCCCUCAGCACCUACCUGCUGCUGCUGACGGCCGGCCAGGGGCUGCUGAUGUACCAAGUAUUUAAGAUGCAGAGAGAGAUAUUGAAACUUCAAGAGCAAAAUGCCUCCUAUACAGAAGAGAUUCUGCAGAGCUCCUUUGCCAACAAUCUGGCCUUGUUGAGAAGCUCUACUGGGAAGAGCUUUCUCAUGAGACAUGAAGAAAACUGGAGGAGAAGCUUAGAAGAGGAAAUCACCAUAAUUAAAAGCAGCAAUGCAAACCUGAUGAUGAGGAUGAACAACAUCACCCUGGUUGCAGGGCCUCCUGGACCCAAAGGAGAUCCUGGUCAACCAGGGUUACGGGGACCACCAGGGACAAAGGGAGACCAAGGUGCACAUGGACCCCAGGGGGAGAAGGGGAGCAAAGGGCCUCCUGGUCCUGCUGGCCCAAGUGGUGUUCCAGGAGUAAAAGGAGAAAAAGGAGAGAUUGGGCUUCCAGGUCCCCAAGGACAGAAGGGUGACACGGGCAGGAAGGGAGACCCUGGGCCCCAGGGAGCCGUGGGUGCAGAGGGAGUGCGUGGAUUCCCAGGAAUGCCAGGUUCUGGAGGUAGCCCGGGGAAGCCUGGACCUCCUGGGCCAAAAGGAGAGGCAGGUGCAGCUGGACAGCGUGGACCUGCUGGAAGCCCUGGCCUCGAUGGCAGACCUGGUCAGAAAGGGGAGAAGGGGGAGCAGGGCCCCAAAGGGAGCCCAGGAGCACAAGGCACUGCUGGACUCAAAGGUGAACAGGGAGAACGAGGAAUAGCAGGACCUCCAGGGCAAAUGGGAGCAAAGGGAGACCAAGGCCUACAAGGCAUCCCAGGCUCAGCUGGCCCAAAAGGAGCCAAGGGGGAUUUUGGCCCUCGGGGUCUGAAGGGAGAGCCAGGACUAAAAGGAGCCAAGGGAGACCCUGGGUUUUCUGGUUCCAAAGGAGAGAAAGGGAGCAAAGGUGAAAAAGGAGAAGCUGGCCUCGGUAAUUUUGUCCGAAUCGUGGGAGGAGACAGGAGGGGCCGAGUGGAAAUCUUCCACCAGGGCUCCUGGGGAACGAUCUGUGACGACGGCUGGAGCCCCCGCGAGAGCGCCGUGGUGUGCCGAAUGCUGGGCUUCAACCGCGCCGUCUCCUCCUUCCCAGCCGCUCCAGGUACUGGACAAAUUUGGCUUGAUGACGUGAGUUGCCAGGGGAGUGAAAUUACAAUUACGGACUGCAGGAAGCGCGACUGGGGUUCCCAUAACUGCAACCACAGCGAGGAUGUUGGGGUGGAGUGUGCUUGAUGGGACACCGAGUCUGUCCUGGGAGCUGCUGCUGCCUCUGCUCUUCAUGAAGCUCUUCUUCACGAUGCAAACCCAAUUUCGUCAGGCUGUGCUUUUGUGCCUCUUUACUGGGUCAUAGAAAUAUUGACAAAGAAAGUUGAAUUUUCCACAAAUCAAUAACAGUUGUGAGACCCACAGGUAACCUGAACCAUCCCAGCUGUCACAAAACAACUGGAGCUCAGGCAUGUGAGCCAGUUCACAGCUUUUCCAGCUACCUGGCAUCAGCUCAUCUGCAGGAGCUCACACGUGUGUGACCUCUAAGUCCACAGGGGAGGGGAUGGUCCACAUUAGCUUAGUGCAGUAAGAGAACAGGAUCAGCGUGCAGAAACCUGCACUUACUGCAGCUGAGCUGGCUAGUCCAUCUUCAUCACAGUACAGUUGUGAACCUGAGCUUACAACCCCCAGGGAAGUGCAUACACCCAAGAAAGCAGAUGCUCAGAAAUCUUCAGAUGAUCUCUCUGGCAUGCAGAUAUAAAUAUUCUUCAGUAAUGAUGCAGAUCACACAUUAAAGUGCAAAAAUAAGUGCCUGGGAUCUAGGUGCCCUACUACCCUGGUUCAGCACAGCACUUGUUUUUGACCUUAGCUAAGUGCCUUGCCUUCUCUGUCAGUGUCUCCUAAGCUGUCUCCAGGAGCAAUACCCCUUACUUAUCUGGUGUAUAAAGCUAAGCUUUUAGAAAUUAGAUGCUCCAGUAAAGCAAAAUGAUGACAAAUAAAAAAUACAGCAAAGCA